AUGUUAAUGACUGGAGCCAGCAUACUUUUCCAUUUCCUUCUUCUUCACUUCUACUUUCUCGCUUCUUCUUCUCCUUCUUCUUUUUCCUCUUCACUUCUUCUUUUUCUACUCCUUCUUUUUCUUCACUUCUCUUCCUCCUCCUUCUCCUUCUUCUUCUUCUUCUUCUUCUUCGCUUCUUCUCCUCCUUUUUCUACUCCUUCUUCUUCUUCUUCACUUCUCCUCCUGCUUCUUCUCCUUUUUCUUCUUCUUCACUUUUUCUCAUUCUUUUUCUACUCCUUCUUCUUCUUCUUCUUCUUCUUCUUCACUUCUCCUCCUCCUUCUUCUCCUUUUUCUUCUUCUUCUUCACUUCUUCUCCUCCUCUUUCUACUCUUUCUUCUUCUUCUUCACUUCUCCUCCUCCUUCUUUUUCUUCUUCUUCUUCACUUCUUCUCCUUCUUUUUCUACUCCUUCUUCUUCUUCACUUCUCCUCCUCCUUCUUCUUCUUCUUCACUUCUUCUUUUUCUACUCCUUCUUCUUCUUCACUUCUUUUCGCUUCUUCUUCUUCUUCCUCUUUUUCUUCUUCUUCUUCACUUCUUCUUCUCCUUCUUCUUCUUCUAUUACUUUCAUCUGA